AUGCCCUCGGCAGCCAUCGACGAAGGACCGUCUGAAAGAUAUCUUUCGAGCAAGGACGAGUCGAAGGAAGAUGUCCAACAGUAUGAAGAAAGCCCGAAACCAGCGCAUGCACAAAGAGACGAUGGUUACUCCCAGAAAGAAAAGUUCCUCUUUGGUCUCACUGCAGUUCUGCCUAUACUCGUCGGGGCAAGUUUCAUUGGCCUCUACGACAUGACCGUCGCUUCAAUAAUUUUCGCCUUAGCUGCAUCCGUUGUGCUUGGAAUUGGAGUAGUUGGAGUUUGCACGAAGAAUUCAACAUGCAUGCUUAUCUCUAUAAUUCUUUUGUCCCCUCUCAUCAGAUCAGAUCAGUAUAGUCCUGUUAAUGUGUACAUAUUCGGUCUACACUAUGGCAUUAGGGAGUACGCCGAUAUACAAGUCUAUGCUUCUCGAGACGGUUCCGGUAACAAUUGGCCAGAGUACAUGAAAGUGUUGUUAAGUUCAGGUGAGUAG